GGUGCCGCCUACAGAGUCAGUGUUAGUUUAUACUUGAUAACUGUGGAAGUCGUAUAUGUAUAUAUUUUCUGAUGGCGCCGACACCGCCCGUAAAGAUUAUAAUGAAAAACGAAUGUGAUACAAAUCGUAGUACCGGAGCAGUACCCAAACAAGCAACCACCGUAACAACAGCUACAAUAACACCGCCGGCAACCAUAAACACAACGCCGCCCACGACCAGGUCCAGCGCCAGCCGUGCCCGCAACUCGUCCCUGAUCAAGCAACAACAGGAGCACCAGCAGCGGGAGCGAGAAGAGGAAAUCGCGGCACGAAUACAGCGCGGCACCUGUAAAACGCUAUACGAUCUGCUGGAACGUGCAACGACAACAAAAACAGAAUACAGCACCCAGCAACAGGAGCAACGCGAGGCACUGCGUCAGUUGGCCGCGGAACACAGUUACGAUCCAACAGAUCAACUACAGGAGCAGCAUCAACGCUAUUGCUUUCCUGUGCGUCCAGUGCAACGAGUGCAGCAUCAGCAACAGCCCUCAACAACAGCAGGCGUACUGCGUCUGCGUCCGCCAACGACACCCAAUGCCACAGUAGGUGUCGUCACACCCAACACGACCAACGGAAACGAGGAACAGCAAGCCAUAACCAGCAGCACGAGCGUCAAUAACAAUUAUCAAGCGCCCACAGCUUUGCAAACUGUUGUUCAUCGACUCUUUGGUUCAACGCAGGGCUCAACACGCUCACAGAUUGAAGUCUUGCGCACAUUGCUUGGCUUGGAGGAAAAUUGGAGCAGCGGCAGCAACGGACAACAGACAGCAGGCAGUUUAGUAGAGCAUUUGGGCAACAUGGUUCAUGAAAACAAUCCCAGCACCAGCGAAAAGGAUGAAGGCAUUGUCAAUUCGACUAGCCUAGAGGAUGUUGCAUUAAGUGAGAUGAGCGACAACCGCGCCCAGUCUAUUCAAUCGCUGCACAGUGCCAUGGAAACACCAACGCCGGAUACUACGCCCAGUUUUGAUGACCUGCAGCAGCGCUUGGAUGCCUCAAAUCGCAAUAUGCAACAUUUGCAGGAUGAGCAGCAAAAGUUGCUGCAAAUACAAAACAUGGCUAAGACACACCUCAACGAAAUGGAGCAUCUGCGCCAACAGGCCGGACGCCUGCCGCACAACGGUAAUGGGGAUGCGCCAAACUAUGAAUCUGUUCAACAAGUCCAAGAUGACAUGGCCUCGCUUGUGGGACGGAUGAAGAAUCUCACGGCUUUUAUACACAAUCAAAAUGAAUUAAGCAGCGUGCUGGGCGAUGAUGGUCCUGAGAUUUUGGCCGAACAGCAGGCGCUGCAACAGAAACUGGAAUCGUUGCGUACGCAGCGAGAGGAUAUGCGAGAUUUGGUAAAUGAGCUAAACUGCAUUAAUCGCAAGGCCAAAGAGAAGGUACAAGCGGUGCGUGCCGCCAGCCAGGAGGCAGACAUGCCAAAGGAGCUAACACCAACAAAACAGCAACCCAAGCCCAGCAAUGAGCGCGUUGUACCCGUUGAGUAUCAGCGCAAUGUACCCAUCUUGCGGCAGGAGGCGAGCAUGGCUGCACAGCGUGCUCAACACGCUCAAAAAAUGAUUGACCAGAAGACUGCCGACAUUGAUGCGCUUAAAGCACAAAUGAACAGACUGAAGGGCAUGCUAAAUACUGUCAGUCAGAUUGAGGCGGGCACUCCCGACAUCGGUGAGGCAUUGGAGCGCCACAGCGCCGAGCGACAUGAGCAACGGCCCCGGGAUCUUUCACAGCGUGUACAUGCCUUAAACGACGUGACAUCGGAGCUGCGCGCUGAAGCGGCUUGCUUACAGCAGGAACGUGAUCGAAUUACUGCAUUAAAAGCCGAAAUUGAACGUCGCAAGAAGCAGGCCGCAGCUGCAGUACAAAUGGGUGAUGAGGCGCUUCAGCGGAACAGUUUAACGCCAACGCCUAUCAGACAGCGUGAAAUGGAUGAGCAAGAGCAGGAGGAAAUUUCAACGAGCCGAGCGCAGUUGCCUACGCGAAAUGAGUUGCGUUCGCAAUGUGAGAACUUGCGACAGGAGUACGAGCAUAAGCAGCGCGAGUAUGAUGCGUUUUUCAUGAACAACAAUAGCAACAGCGGCAACAACAAUAUUAUCAGCAAUAAUAACACGAACACCACUUCAGAAGCUGAUGAUGAAGGCAACGAUGACACCGAUAGCGAUAGAUAUUUUGCACAUAUGCGAACUUCGUCUUCGGCUACCCUAAAGCGGACUCCCUCAGCUAGUACCGUUGUGGAGAGACAUCAACAGCAGCAGCAGCAGCAGCAGCAACAUCAUCAUCAACAGCAACAGCAACUUCAACAGCAGCAGCAACAUCAACAGCAGCAACUUCAGCAGCAGCAAGAUCAGCAACAACGACGUACUCAACAAAAACAUCAGUCGGAGCAACAGCAACCUCCCAAUGCUCAAUCCAUGUCAAACAAUGAGGAGGAUUUGAACAUGACCAUUGACAGCCUGUCGCUAGGUAAUGACAGUCUGCAGUCGAGCAGCACCCGAUCCCAAUAUAUGCCGCCGCCAAUGGCACCCGUUCAGGGCAUGUGGAACACACAUAAUGCUGGUAAUUCUUGGCAUUCACAGCCUGCCUAUAUGCCAGCAACUCCCACCAGUGGUCCGCCAGCUCCGGGUGCGGCCGCCUCUUCACAGGCUUCGAGUGCCAAUCCAACGCCGGAUGCUGUGCUGCUACAGCAGUUUAUGCAAACUCAGCAAAUGCUCAUCAACUCGGUCUGUCAGUGCAACCAGACUUUGUGGCAUCAGCAGCGUGAGAUUGAUGGCCUCAACAGUCAGAUACAUUCGCUGCAGGAACGUCUGAAUGCCUCGUGCCAAGAGCACGCCUUUAGUCUUCGCUCGGAGUCUGUGCCGCCAGUUGCUGGGGGUCUUCCACCCAACAAUCUCUGCCUGGGCGGCAGCGCUCGCGCCCAAUCGGAGCAGAUGUAUAGCUUUGGGGCUGCGCAUCAAAGCGCCUUCAGCAACUAUCAGCGUAGCAGUCAUCGCAACAAUAUCUACAGUGGCAGCGACCAUCAGCCGCAAACAUAUUUAAACAAUGCCGCGCCACCGCCGCCGCCGCCGCCAACACACUAUAACAACGAAACACCGUUGUCGCCGCCCUCGUAUCGCGCCAGUCCGGGACCGAUAUUUAUGAAUCAUCAUAACAAUACCAUACACCAGAACAACGCAAAUUUGCGUACACAGAAUCAGCAUGCGAACAAUUUGCAUUCGUUGCCAGAGGAUGCAGUUCCACCGCCCACACUGAAUAAUCAGGUGCCACCGGGCAAUCGCGCCAACAACUACUGGGAUAACUUCCGAAGCUAUACGCGUCAGAAUUUGCUUUCUAACAAAAGCAAUGAGGAACUCAAUGUGGAGCAUCAAUAUCGUCAAAUACAGCGACAACGUCAGCGUCCCAGUUACUUUCAUCUACCACACACCGCACGCAGUGGCCCAAGCAGCUUAUUACUACAGCAGCAGCAACAACAGCAACAACAACAGCAGCAGCAGCAGCAGCAACAACAGCAGCAGCAACAACAGGCACAGACGCAUCGCCACUUUUAUGAGGCAUCAGCACAGCAGCAUCUGCACAACAGCAGCAACAGCAACAACUUGAACAACAGCAACAGCAGCAAUCGCGAUUGGCGCAACAAUGCCCACGAGGAGGACGAUGUCGAGGAUGAUGAUAAUAAUGAUACUGCUAUGUACGGCAGCAGUGGAGGCAGACGCCGCAAUCGUCGUCGUCAGAUGCCUACGCUGCGUGACGAAGAGACUGCUUUGCAGGAGCUCGCUAGCUCUGGAUCAUCUAACUUUUUCAACAUGAAUGUGAAUAGUCCACUAUAUCAGCGCAAUAAGGUUCCAGCUAAGCCAACUACGUCGGCUGUGUCUCUAACGCCUUUGCAGCAACGUCAUCUGAGAUUUGAUUUCGAGCUGCCUGCUCAAUAUAUGGACUACGAUCUGCCGGUGCCGCCAGCCUUGCAGGUACCGCCAGUCGCUCCUUUAUACAAUGUUACAGGACAGGAGUCCGUUAUUCCAGAUGAGUCGAAUGCGAUGCUGGAACAAACAGAGGAGACGGCUUCGGAAGAGUUAAACCGUAACUUGCUUGUGAAUGCAUUAAAAAAUGAUAAAUUUACCACAAAAUUUUACGAAUCCAUCAAGGAGGAUGUGUAUAGAAGAUUAGAAACUCUUUUCGAGCAGCAACAACAACAGCAGCAGCAGCAACAGUUGCAACAGCAACAAGGCGAACAGCAACUUUAUAACGAAGUGCAUAGUCUGCGCAAGACGCUCAAUCAGGGGCAGGUACCCAGUGCCCAGCCGGGCGAGAAUGGAACUGUAAGUGAGCUAACGGAGGCCACGGAAAGUGGCAAUGAAUCGUUGCAGGAACAGCUUGCUAACGACAGGCCCGAGGAUGAAAACAGCUUGCCAAUGCAGGCAGUUCCAGCAGCAGCAGCUGCUGCAGCUGGAUCAGCAUCAGUGGAGGAACAUUCAGAGGCAGCUGCUGGACCUGCGCCCUUGGAUAACGAAGAUCAAAUAAUUGAGGUGGUCAUUGAACGUGCCGCCACGCCUGCGGCCAGCAUUGAGUUGUCGCCCGAUCACGAGCUUAUUGAGUACAUAAUCAAACGUAUACGCAACCAGACGCAUAACAAUACCAUCAUCAAUGAUUCGCUGUUGGCUGAGGUUUCCAAGUUGACUGCCAAUGCGGCACAAAACUCCGCAGCCAGCUGGACGCCAAAUGCCGCCUCGCCGCUCAUCUCUCCCAAACGCAUCUAUGCAAAGAUCAAGAAGAUGGAAAUGCCACGACAGCGCGAUGAGUUUUUGCUCUGGUAUCGCUCAUAUCUGGAGCAGCUGUUUGUGGUCGAGCAGCCGAGCACUGGCAGCACGCCGAAAAUCAAGAGUAAGGAGGAAAGAGUUGCCCCGGUGAGCAACAAAAAACAGGUCAAUAAACGCGUGCGUGCCCAGUCGCAUUCGCAGGAUUCCAACAAUGAUGCAGACUUGGCCGAGGCAGAUCAGAAAAAGGUUACGUUAAACGGCGGCGACACGGAAUGCGAGAAUAAUGAGAAUCCCGACGAGGAGGCCAGCGCAGCUGCAGCUCAAGAAACGCAGAAUAUCAGCUUAGAUUAAAAUAAGUUAGCUAGUCCU